CCAAAAUUGAACAAGCUAUUGAUUCCAAAACAAGAUCUUAUUCAAAUCCCCUGCCAACAACCAAAUAGUACCUCGGCCGUCAAUAACCAAAAAUCAAAAGAAAAAAAAAUGAAAAAAAUAAAAGAAUAAAAUAUUUAAAAUGGUAAUUUUAGAUUGCCUAAUUUUUUAAUAUUAUUUUAUUUAUAUUAGAGAGGGCAUUAAUGUCUUUUUAUGCAAAUAAGGGGGAUAAUUGCACCAAAUUGACAGUAUGAUGGGGUUUUAUACCAUACAUGGACUGUUUUGCACUAUAUCCAUAAUAGAUGGGGUUUUUUGUACUUAACGCUAUAUAUAUAUAUUAUUCACCUUACCAUAAUUAAAUAAUAAAUAUAUAUAUAUUUACAUUGACGUGAAUUUUUUUUAUUAUUUAUUUUUAUUUUUUAAUUUUGCUUGUGAACUUUUUUUUCAGUUGCUGUGGAGAAGGGGGGAGUAAAAAUGGCAUAAUAGUCAUAUCGAAGGGUAGAGUUGUCAUUAUAUACAAAAAUAUAGGUCUCGUGACUCAAUAGUUGGUCGAAAAGUAAUUACAUUGUUACAUUUAAGGGCCGCCAGUGCUCACUUUUAAAAGUUCUCCGAGUGUCUCACCUUUUCAAUUCAGAGGUGUUUUACUUUUGCCUAAAUUAUUCACACGAACUGACACACAUACGUGUCCCUUGUGAUUUGGGAAAAAUGCAAGUGUACCGUUAGUCCGUAGGAGUUCUUUUUUUCAUUUGCUCCGGUGCAAAUUUCGAAUUUAAUUCGAUCGUAUUAGACAACAGCUAACUUGUCACCAGCCCUCGCUCUCUCUCUCUUCCCUCCUAUUUCGCCAUGUCUCCCUCCCAGCCAUUGCAUUUUCCGGAUGAAAACCACAUCUCUUCCUUUCGACCAAACCCUAAUUUUCUUCAUUCAUCUGACCUCCAAUUUGGUGUUGGACAAAUUGCUCAUCUUUCAUUGAAUCUGAACCCACACCAAUCAAUGCACUGUGCUUCGGCAGGAAAAUUUACGAGUUCUCAACAUUGUAGGCGAUCGAAAUGUGCAUAGAGAAGGUGAACAAGGCUCCUUUGGUUUUCUAUGUCACGAUCGUUGUUGUAGUUUUGUUGUAUUUAUCAGGGCAAAUAGUUUGCGUCGACGAUGAAGCACUGUUGAAUCAAACCAACGAUCCUCGAGCUGUUCAAGACUUAACGAAUAAAAUCUUUAGUAGCUUCAUUAAUGUCGACGAAGUCCUUGCCGGCUAUGUAACAAGUAACUUUGGUUUCUGUGUCAAGGACUUUGAGGAAGAUUGGAGUGGGGCAUUCGAUUUCUCCUCCGAUUUGAAAUUCUUGUCCAGUUGCGUUCGGGAGACAAAAGGAGAUCUUGUGCACCGCAUGUGCACAGCUGCAGAUAUAAUAUUUUACUUCAGUAGUCUCUUUAAAGGCGGAUCAAUGAAAACAAACUACUUGAGACCCAACAAAAAUUGCAAUUUAACCUCUUGGGUUCCUGGAUGUGAACCAGGAUGGGCUUGUAGAGUUGCGAAGGAUGAGAAAGUUGACAUUAGAACUUCAAAGGACAUGCCUGCUAGAACACUUGACUGUUCGCCUUGUUGUGAGGGUUUCUUCUGUCCACAGGGUAUCACUUGCAUGAUACCUUGCCCGUUAGGUUCUUACUGUCCUCUUGCAAAACUCAAUAAAACUACUGGUUUGUGUGAUCCCUAUCAUUAUCAACCACCCGCUGGGCGCCCAAACCAUACUUGUGGUGGAGCAAAUAUUUGGACUGAUUUUUUGAGAAAUCGCGAGAUUUUCUGUUCAGCAGGAUCAUACUGUCCAAGUACUACCAGAAAAAUUCCUUGCAGUCCUGGGCAUUAUUGCAGAGCAGGUUCUACAUCACAAACAGGCUGUUUUAGCUUGGCAAAUUGUAAACAAGAAACUGCAAACCAGAAUAUCACUGCUUACGGAAUCAUGCUUUUUGCUGCAUUAACGCUUCUACUUCUCAUUAUUUACAACUGCUCAGAUCAAGUUCUCACUACUAGAGAAAAAAGACAAGCAAAAUCCAGGGAAAGGGGGGCAAAAAGUGCAAGGGAAACUGUAGAGUCACAUGAAAGAUGGAAAUCUGCAAAAGAUGUUGCCAGGAAGCAUGCAAUUGGACUGCAGACCCAGAUAUCACGAACAUUUUCUCGUAAAAAGUCUGUAAGUAAACUGGAUAAGCUGAAGAGUCUUGGUGAAGCUAAGCCUGGGAAAGAUGCUUCCUUACCACCUAUGUCUACGAGUGUGUCUCGUUCAAAAGAAAAAGAUAAGGAGCAGAGCAACCUUACAAAGAUGAUGCGUGAGCUUGAGGAGAACCCUGAGGGUCAUGACGGCUUCCAUCUGGAAAUUGGAGAUAAGAAUUUGAAGAAGAAUAUGCCGAGGGGUAAGCAGUUGCAUACUCGCACCCAAAUUUUCAAGUAUGCAUAUGAUCAAAUUGAGAAGGAAAAAGCUCUGCAGGAGCAGAACAAGAAUUUGACUUUCUCAGGGGUAAUAUCAAUGGCUAGUGAUACCGGAAUCAGGAACAGGCCAACGAUUGAGGUCGAUUUCAAAGAUUUAACACUUACAUUGAAAGGGAAAGACAAGCAUCUACUGAGGUCUGUAACAGGGAAACUUAUUCCUGGCCACAUUUCUGCUGUCAUGGGUCCUUCUGGGGCUGGGAAAACAACAUUUCUUUCUGCUUUGACUGGGAAAGCAACUGGGUGCACUAUUCGUGGUAAGAUUCUUAUAAAUGGGAAGACUGAACCAAUCCAAUCAUACAAGAAAAUUAUUGGGUUUGUCCCACAAGACGAUGUAGUGCAUGGAAACUUAACAGUGGAGGAGAAUCUCUGGUUCAGUGCAAGUUGCAGACUAUCAGCUGAUCUACCAAUAGCAGAAAAGGUUCUAGUUGUUGAAAGAGUCAUCGAGUGCUUGGGACUGCACCCUGUGCGGGAUUCCCUGGUCGGGACAGUGGAGAGGCGAGGAAUCUCCGGAGGCCAAAGGAAACGAGUAAAUGUUGGGCUCGAAAUGGUCAUGGAACCUUCUCUGCUGAUCUUAGAUGAACCUACUUCUGGUCUGGACAGUUCUUCUUCUCUGUUACUACUGAGAGCACUUCGUCGUGAAGCUCUUGAAGGUGUAAACAUUUGCAUGGUGGUUCACCAACCAAGCUAUACCUUGUACAAGAUGUUUGAUGAUUUGAUACUUCUAGCUAAAGGUGGUCUUACAGUUUAUCAUGGAUCAGUGAAGAAAGUUGAAGAAUACUUCGCAGGCAUUGGCAUCAAUGUGCCCGAACGUGUUAAUCCUCCAGAUCACUUCAUUGACAUUCUUGAGGGAAUUGUUAAACCGAGCCCAAGCUCAGAUGUGAAAUACAAUGAUCUUCCACUUAGAUGGAUGCUUCAUAAUGGGUACCCAGUACCCCCAGAUAUGCUAAAUUCUUCUGGAUUGUCAGCAGCAUCCUCACCUGGGGAAAAUUUAGCUUAUUCAACAGAUCCUAUUGCUGCUGGAUCAGAUGGACAAUCUUUUGUUGCAGACCUUUGGCGGGAUGCCAAGUCUGUUUUUGAAUUGAAAAGAGACCAUAUAGAGCAUAAUAUCUUGAUGUCAAAGGACUUAUCGAACCGGGUAACCCCUAGUGUUUUCCUGCAGUACAGAUAUUUCCUCGGGAGAGUUGGUAAGCAGAGGCUACGAGAUGCUAGGAUUCAAGCAGUAGAUUUUCUGCUUUUAUUGCUAGCUGGCAUCUGUUUAGGAAUACUUGCUAGAGUGAGCGAUGAAACCUUCGGUGCACUUGGAUAUACUUACACCGUCAUUGCAGUUUCUCUCCUUGUCAAGAUUGCUGCUUUGAGAUCGUUUUCUCUGGAUAAGUUACACUACUGGAGAGAGAGUGCUUCUGGCAUGAGCAGCUUGGCUUACUUUCUCGCAAAGGAUACAGUAGACAAUUUCAAUGCACUUAUAAAGCCUGUGGUUUACCUUUCAAUGUUCUAUUACUUCAACAACCCAAGAUCUUCCUUCUUAGAUAAUUACAUUGUUUUGGUUUGUCUGGUUUACUGUGUGACUGGUAUAGCUUAUUUAUUUGCCAUCUACCUCGAACCUGGUGCAGCCCAACUGUGGUCAGUGCUUAUUCCAGUUGUUCUUACUCUGGUUGCACACCAGAAAACUAAAGGAGAAACGAUGAAGGAAAUAGAAAAAGUGUGCUAUCCUAAGUGGGCUAUUGAAGCAUUUGUGAUAGCAAAUGCUGAAAGGUAUUCGGGCGUGUGGCUGAUAACAAGAUGUGGUGCACUUAUGAAAAGUAACUAUGAUCUCAUUAAUUGGCAAUUUUGUUUAGUAGUCCUCAUCUUAUAUGGUAUAGUUUGUCGUGCUGCUGCCUUCUUAUGUUUGGUAGUCUUCCAGAGGAAAUAAAUCCAUUUUGUACCAAAAAAAAAAAAAUUGGAAAUUCAAAUUUGGAUUUCUCUAAAUGAUGGAAGAUUCUUCAAAUGGAAAUUCAAAUUCGGAUUUCUCUAAUGAUUGAAGAUUCUUCAAAUGUUGGCAACUCUUGUAUUGUAGGUCCCGGAAGAUGUGACCAUAGUUCUUAAAUUAUAUUCGAGACUUAUCAUGAAUUUGAUGUGCCGUUGACUAAAAAAAAUAUAUUAAUAUUCUCUAUUUUAAUAUAUAUUACACUUUAUUCUGUUAUGCAUUUGUAUUUUUUAUUUUAGCAAAUUAAACAAAUUGUCAAUGUAAGGAAAAGGGAAAAACAGGAAAGAACAAACAAUUAUACUAGUUUUAAUUUGUUUUUC